ACACUUCAAAAGCAAAGCGACAACACUGUGUAGUUGUAUCUGAAGAUUCAAGACUUCGCUAAUUGAAUAAACACAUUGAAAAUGGCGACCGGAGGACAAGAUUUGACGGACGGUGGCAACAUUGGUGUGGGCAUGAGCUCGUGCUGUCUAUCCGGAAAGGUCAAGGAGGGAAAGCCUACAGGCAUUGAAAAGACCAUCGCUGGACUCAACACCUAUGUCGCCGAGCCUGAGAAUGGAUCCAAGGAGAAGAGCAUUGUGUUCCUAGUGGACAUCUUCGGCUGGACAUUCCCCAACGUCCGCCUCCUAGCCGACUCAUACGCCAAAGCAGGCUUCACAGCCUACAUCCCCGACGUCCACCAAAACGACUCCCUCCCCAUUGAAUUCCUGCAGGACGUCGAGCCCCCGCUUCCGGUGCGGGAAUCGCAAUCCGUAGUGCAAAAGACAGCCGCGACCGCCAAAGUCGGCGCCACACUGGGACCCUGGCUGCUCAACCACCGGGAGGCGGUUUCCAAGCCCGUCAUCGACGGCUUCAUCCGCGAGGUGCGCAAGACUCCCGGGACCGACAAGGUCGGCGUCAUUGGAUUUUGCUGGGGAGGGCGGUAUGCGAUUCUCGCGGCUCAUGCGACUGAUCCUGCGGUCGCGGUCGAUGCGGCGUAUGCUUGCCAUCCGAGUUUGGUGGCCAUACCGGGAGACUUCGAACCGGUGGUGAAGCCGCUGUCGUUGGCGUUGGGGGAUAAGGAUAGUUUGCUGGGUGAGAAGGAGGUCCAGCAGAUUCAGGAGCUGUUGCAAUCGAAGAGGGAUGAAGGUUUGCAGAGUGAGGUCAAGGUGUAUGAAGACCAGGUCCACGGUUUCGCGCUCAGGGGAGAUUGGAGUAGUGAGAAGGAUAAGAAGGCCAUGGAUGAGGCAGAGAAACAGGGUAUCGAGUGGUUCAAGAGGUUUUUGGCGUAGGAGAACGGUAGUGUGAAUGUCCGCUCAUGACAAGCGGCGGCAAGCAUCGUAGACGUUCUUGGGCCAUGAAAUCAGUAACGAAUUUAAUGAUGAGGAU